AUGGAUCUGUUGCCUUCAUCCUAUUGUACUUCCAGGACCGCUCGCACCUCGCCGAGGUCACUUGAUGCCGGUGACUGGGCUUCACGCAUUCUCAGGACACUCCGACCGGCGAUGCCUCAACGAACAGCAAGCGUUGAUCAGGGAUUCAAGGGACCGCUGACGCCUGCGGCUACACCAUCUUCGAGCAGUGAAAGCGGCCAGAUCGAGACCAAGGCCGAAAAUGAUGAAGCCAGGCCUCUCCAGCAUCGGCCCAAAGGACGAACAGGAAGCAGCCAAACCACGAAGUCAGAGGAUAGUUCAUCGAAAAGCGGAGGGUCUAAAAAGAAGUCAGGAAACGCACCGUACAAGGUGCAGCGCUCCAAGUUACCCAAAGGCCAGCCGGCAAGCACCGCAACGGACCAAAAUGCGCAAAGUGGCGAACAGCUUUCAGGAGUGGACGAGGCCGUUCGCAAGCUGCGAGAAAGCAUGGCCACUGGAGAGCAGACGGCGGCUGAGACACCUAGUCAAUUCGUCUUCACAGCACCUAAUAUUCAGUCGACUGAGCCAGCUCUGGAGUUCGUCAGCUGGAGCCACCCAUCUCACCCAGAAUCCUACAAUGUCCGCAGAUUAAUUCGAGCACAUGUAGGCCGAACGUCACAUCCGGCCAACGCCAGGUCGCAGGCAAUAAGGAAAGCACCUCGCGGCUCAGCAGCACAAGCGAAGGUACCGAAUUCGCGGCGACUCACUGAACCUGAUACCAAAAAGGACCGAGAACAGGACGAUCAUACUAAUGCAAUCGUGCGGUCAAGGUCGGAGGAUGUCCAGGGAUAUGAUUUGGAUUACCUUCGGCAUCACCUGCAGAACUGCGACAAGACAGAAUUCUUCAUUGGCUCAGCAACAGAUGCCAUCUCUAGGCUGGUGUUAAAUGAUCACUCCCGUGAGCUAGGCUUAGCACUGAACCGACUUGGCUGCGACAUUAGUCUUGCAAUGAGGCACUUCCAUGUCAUUGUACACGCACAAAUGCCCAGCUUCGAGUCACAAUUCGGCACUAUUGGAGACUCGCGCAAAAGCCGACUCAUACCCUUCUUGCUGUCAGACCCCUCCCUGACCUUGAUGAUCGUGCUUGUUGCUGUCACACACAAGCUCUGGAUGACCGGUGUCAAUCCCCGAUGCGCAGAGAUCAUGGAUCUCAAAGGCUUCGUCAUCUCGGCGUUGAACAACGCAAUGCAGGAUCCCAACCGCGCCAUUAGCGAUCAGGUCCUGUUUGCAGUAAGCAAUCUCGCCGGCUAUGAGGUACUUUUUGGAAGCAGGGAGACCUAUGAUGUUCACAUGAACGGUCUUACCAGGAUGAUACGACUGAGAGGUGGCAUGAGCAAUCUUGGAUUCGAAGGAGGUCUGGAAAGGAUGCUUCACUGGCAUGACACGAACUUCUCGAGUAUUGUGAGGGGUGAGCCAUACUUGAAGGGACUGGCGAGUACACCUCACCUACACGCCGCCAAACCGGACCCAGGAGCAAUUACUGGUGGUAUGAUCAAGACCGAACCAGAAUGA